AUGGCAGGCAUACAACACGCACAGCCCCAAUACGAUGACUUCGCGACAUCCUACGACCUCGUCUGGACGGUCCCCGCCGUAGCCCCCCUCCUCCCGCUCCUGGAAUCCAUAAUCAGCUCCAUCGGCCCUCUGACCGGCGCGUCUGUCCUAGACCUCGCAACCGGCACAGGGAUCGGUCUGCGCCUCGUCCGCGCCGCCGGUGCCUCGAGGCUCGUAGGCGUCGACAUCUCGCCGCAGAUGCUUGAGAUAGCCAAGGCGACCACCCCCGGUGCCGAGUUCCACACGGCGGACUGCAGCAGGCCUCUGGGGCAGCUGGGCCUGGAGCCGGGGAGCUUCGACGUCGUGCUCGGCAUCUGGCUGCUCAACCAGUGCCCCUCGGCCGCGGAGUUGGGCGGGAUGUGGACCAACAUUGCGACGUACCUCAGGCCUGGGGGCAGAUUCGUGGGUAUCAUUGAGAACCACGACAUCGUGCACCCGGCUGGGGUGCAGGGCUUCAAGUACGGCGCCAGGGAGAGCGACGUUACGGAGCUUGAGAGCGGGCUGGGGUGGAGCGUGCACAUCGAGUUUCAGACGCAACCGAAGAUUGAGAUCGAUGGAUUUAGAUUCAAGAAAGAGAUUCUGGAGUCACAGGCGAAGGAGUCUGGAAUGGGUGACAUGACUUACUACGCACCUACGACGGAGCAUGUCCCAGAAGGGAUUGGCCGUGGAGAGACGAUGAAUGACGUGGAGAGCUGGUGGGAUGAGUUGCUGGAGCAGCCCCCGAAUUUUGUCAUUGUUUCACAGAAACUGUAGGACCCGCUUCAUGAUUCGCCUUCUAGUUGGAAUAAUAUUUGACAAUGUUAAGGCUGCGGAA